GUCCUCCCCGAUAGCAAACUUCAACUUGGUGGAUUGUGAUCUUUGUGAUUCACAAUUACCCCCAGAAUCUGCGAAUGCAAUACCCUCUAUUCACAAUGGAGAAGAUCACCGACAAGAUCGCCGCCCUGCCUCCGGGCUCCAAUUACUUCUCUCUCGAAUUCUUCCCUCCCAAGACCUCAAUGGGAAGCGCCAAUCUGCGCGCGCGACUUGAUCGCAUGUCCCGAGCGCUGCGACCAUUGUUCGUGACUGUAACUUGGGGAGCUGGAGGAAGUACGGCAGAAAAGAGCUUGGAGCUGGCAGAGCUGUGCCAGAGAGAAUUGGGGCUGACGACAUGUUUGCACUUGACAUGCACGAAUAUGAGCAAGAAGUUGGUAGACAAGGCGUUGCAGGAUGCGAAAGCACUUGGCGUACGGAAUAUAUUGGCAUUGAGAGGAGAUCCACCAAGGAGCGAGGAAUACAAAGAGAGGAUAAAUGUGAACGGGAACGGAAUUGAGGGCAUGGAAGAGGAGGACGAGUUCGAGUGGGCAAUUGACUUGGUGAAGUACAUCAGGAAGAUGUAUGGAGACUAUUUCUGCAUAGGUGUCGCAGCCUACCCAGAAGGACAUGCAGACGAAGGUCAUCCAGAGGGCCAAAGUCUGGAACACGAUCUACCUUAUUUGGUGGGGAAGACACAAGCUGGUGCGGACUUUAUCAUGACACAAUUAUUCUUCGAUGUGGAGGCUUACGACAAAUUCGAAAAGCGAUUGAGGGAGCAUGAGAGCGGAGCUUUCAAGACAAUACCUAUCAUACCUGGGAUGAUGCCAAUUCAGAGCUACCAGAUGAUCAAGCGGACGACAAAACUAAGCCAUGCGAGGUUACCUCCCAAUAUCAUAUCGAGGUUGGACGAGGUGAAGGGAGAUGAUGAGAUGGUGAAGAAAGUUGGAGUAGACAUUGUGAGCGAAAUCGUCACACAUAUCCAGCAAGAAGCAGCCCCUGGACCUCGAGGAUUUCAUUUCUACACUCUCAAUCUCGAGAAAGCAGUUUCUUUCAUUUUAGAGAGGACGAAUCUGAUCCCGACUGAAGACCUGGAAGACGAAUCCGCAGUCCUGGAAAUUUCUGUACCACUGCAGUCACUGAGUGUCAAUGGCGCACAUAGCAACCAUGCCUCUCGGCGGCAGAGCAGUAUUGGCUCAGAUCCACACAAUCGGGUAAUAGUCACAGGCCCAACUUCAAACAGUGAUUGGGAAGCCACAGCACUAGAUGCUGCUAUGCCAGCAGAUCCUAUCAACACCCGUGCAAACACACUUGCCAUCUCAGAAGGCGAAGGCGCUUUAGGACGUGAAGCUACUUGGGAUGAUUUCCCCAACGGCAGAUGGGGCGACGCUCGAAGUCCUGCGUACGGUGAAAUUGACGGCUAUGGUGUCAGCUUGCAUAUGAGCGUGAACCAAGCUAUCAAGCUGUGGGGUUUCCCUAAGUCCGUAGGAGAUAUCACCGAACUAUUCAUCAAGCAUAUCGAGGGAUCGCUCUCGGCGAUUCCUUGGAGUGAGGAAGGUCUGAACGAAGAGACAAAUACCAUCAAGUCUCAGCUAUUGCAACUCAACCAAAAAGGAUGGUGGUCAGUGGCUUCCCAACCCGCCGUCAAUGGUGUUAGGAGUACAGAUCCAGUAUUCGGAUGGGGUCCGAGGAACGGUUUCGUCUUCCAGAAGGCAUUCAUUGAGCUUUUCCUACCCUCCAAAGAUUGGACUCCUCUAAAAGAGAAGCUUAUGAGCGAAGAGAUUAAGGAGAAUGUAUCCUGGUACGCGGCGAAUGCUAGUAGCCAAUUCUUCUCAUCCGACUCUCUUAUGGUUAAUGGUGUUGGCACAAGAGGAGAUGAAGGAGGAAGCACAAACGCGGUGACUUGGGGAGCAUUUCCAGGCAAAGAGAUCAUCACGCCCACCAUUAUCGAGGAAGUGAGCUUCAGAGCUUGGGCUGAAGAAGCCUUUGGAAUCUGGGAGGAGUGGGGACGUGUCUACGAGAGGGAAAGUGAAAGCAAGAAGCUUAUUGAAGGCGUCAGAGAGGAUUAUUGGCUGGUGAAUGUUAUUCAUCACGGCUAUGUGGAGGGUGAGGGGCUCUGGGAUCUGUUACUGAAGUGAUGAACCUUCAAAAUAAGGAUUGGUGAAAGCAUAGGAAGCGGACAAAGGCAAUCUUUAAUAGUGUAUAAGCCAAAGCAUUUGGGGUGCAUUUGCAGGAGUCAUGAUGGUCUGAGCAUGAAUCUUGUUGACAGUAAAUGGAGUUGAUGGGGGAGCAAGCAGUCAAGGCUGCAACUUGUAUCAAGUGAGAUAAAUGCAUGAUGAAUAUUAGGAGCUGAAACUAGAAAAGCUCUAAACACUGUCCUUUG